CCUUUGAGACAGGUACUGUUCUCCUGCUUUAGGGAUGAGAAAAGAGGUAAGGAAGAUGGCAGCGGUGGGAUAUGAAUCCACUCUGUGGUUCCUGAGUCCUCAUUCUAGCAAUCUAGAGGCCUUGGUGGUCCUUCUAAUAACGGUGUGACAGAGGCGCUGUGGCCGGAAGUUCUGUGGUCACGGCCCCCCAGGCUACAGACCCCGCCCGGAUGGGGCCCCUACGCCGCCUCCUGACUGCGGCACUACUUCUGGCUCAGGCUGCGCCUCAGGAGGCCUCCCAGCACUGCGGGCGCCUAGAGUACUGGAACCCUGAUAACCGGUGCUGCAGCAGCUGCCUGCAGCGCUUUGGGCCGCCCCCCUGCCCGGACUACGAGUUUUCGGAAAACUGCGGAUUCAAUGAUUUUGCCGACCACGUGACAUACCCCUUCAAAGAGUGUCCCUUUGGGCAGUGCAACCCCGACAAUGCGGAGCUAUGUAGCCCUUGUGGCGCCGGAGCCACGGCCCCCGCUCCUGCAGGGAGCAGGAGCGGAACCCAGCGUCGCUGCACAGAGAAGCCGGUCCCUCCCAAGGAGCCCUGUCCUCUCGAGUCUGGGAAACCCAGAGUCUAUAGCUCCCAGGAGCCCAGCCCAUCAGCGAUUUCCAGGGUCUCCUGGACACCUGAGCGCAACGUCACUCAGCAGGCCUUGCCGAAUUUCGCCCUGCCAGUGGUGCUGGUUCUCAUGGCGCUGGUUCUGCUGGUGACCUCAGCAGUGAUCCUUCUGCUUGCCCAGCGGUGUCACCGCCGGGCAAAAGUCCUCCAUCCCUACCCCGGCUUGGUUUGUGGCGACACCAAUAUCCAUACGGUCUUCUCCUUGCCCUCGUCCUCUCCAGGCUCCCUGGAGGCAUCAGACGCAGGGGAUAAGGUCUCUCUGGUUCCACUCCUGGGCAGAGAACUGCCGAGUCUGGCAUCACAGCCCCUGUCUCGCCUCCUCGAUGAGCUGGAGGUGCUGGAGGAGCUGAUAGUGCUGCUGGAUCCUGAACCUGGGCCAGGUGGGGGGAUGGCAUGCGGCACCACGAGACACCUGGCGGCGAGGUACGGAGUGCCCGCUGCCUGGUCCACCUUUGCCUACUCACUGCGACCCAGUCGCUCGCCACUGCGGGCCCUGAUCGAGAUGGUGGUGGCAAGGGAGCCCUCUGCUUCUCUGGGGCAGUUUGGCACACACCUGGCCCAGCUGGGGCGGGCAGAUGCGCUGCAGGUGCUGUCCAAACUUGGCUGAUCUGGGGCUUGUUCGGCCUACUCCUCAAUAAAGUUUCCCAUGAAUUGC